UGGAAGCAGCAACAACGAGCUAGCUUCGUUUCUUGUUUGUUUUCGGAGUGAAAUAUAACAUUUCUCUGAUAUCCAGGUGAUACUAUCGACCAGGCAAACAUGUCUAGUCGCGAAGCCCUCAACAUGAAGCUGCCACCGAUCCAGUCCACCGCUGGAGCGGUUCCGGUCCGCAACGAGAAAGGUGAGCUCUCCAUGGAGAAGGUGAAAGUGAAGAGGUAUGUGUCGGGUAAACGUCCCGACUACGCUCCGAUGGAGUCGUCUGACGAGGAAGAAGAGGACUUCCAGUUUGUGAAGAAGGGGAAAGAAGCAGAGCCGGAGCUGGAAGUGGAGGAGGAGGAAGUCUCCGACCCGCGUCUCAAACGUCUGCUCAACCGUGUCUCUGAGGACGUGGAGGAGAGGCUGGCGAGGCACAGACAGAUCGCAGAGCCUGAAGUCGUCGUAGAGAGCAGCGAAGACUCUGAUGAAGGAACGUGGCACCCAGAACGUGAGGAGAGCAGUGAGGAAGAAGAGGAAGAAGAAGAAGAAGUCGAUGAUGAGGAAAUCGAGAGGCGGCGAGCGAUGAUGCGGCAGCGAGCCACCGAGCGAAAGAACGAAGACAUGGAGGUCAUGGAGGUGGAGGAGGAAGGGAAGUCUGGGGCGGAGACUGAGUCCGAGUCCGAAUAUGAAGAGUACACAGACAGCGAGGACGAAGCAGAGCCGCGACUCAAACCAGUUUUCAUCCGCAAAAAGGACAGAAUAACGGUGGCGGAGCGCGAGGCGGAGGAGCUGAAGCAGAAAGAGCUGGAGGCCGAGGCCAAGAAGCAGGUGGAGGAGCGACGGCGCUACACACUCAAGAUCGUGGAGGAGGAGGCCAAGAAGGAGUUCGAGGAGAACAGACGCACGCUGGCUGCCCUGGACGCUCUGGACACUGACGGAGAGAACGAGGAGGAGGAAUACGAAGCCUGGAAGGUCCGUGAGCUGAAACGCAUCAAGAGGGACAGAGAGGCCAGAGAAACCAUGGAGAAGGAGAAGGCCGAGAUCGACAGAUUCCACAACCUGACGGAGGAGGAGAGGCGGGCCGAGCUGCGUAACAACGGCAAACUCAUCACCAACAAAGCCAGCAAAGGAAAAUACAAGUUCCUGCAGAAGUAUUACCACAGAGGAGCUUUCUUCAUGGAUGGAGAGGAGGACGUGUACAAGAGAGACUUCAGCGCUCCGACUCUGGAGGAUCACUUCAACAAAACCAUCUUACCCAAAGUCAUGCAGGUCAAAAACUUUGGGCGUUCCGGACGCACUAAAUACACCCACCUGGUGGAUCAGGACACCACGUCGUUUGACUCGGCCUGGGCUCAGGAGAGCGCUCAGAACAGCAAGUUCUUCAAGCAGAAGGCGGCAGGCGUGAGAGACGUGUUCGACCGGCCCACAGUGCAGAAGAGGAAGACUUAAGAAGAUAAAAAGAUGUGUGAAGCUUGACCACUCGAAAAGGAACUGGACUUUUAUUUUGUUUUUUAAAAAAAGCAGCGCAGUGACUGAUUCUACUGUCGGAUCAUAUUGAUGAAAUUUUAUUCACCAAGAAAGAAAACAAAAGCACAGUUUAAAAGACUUAUUUAAGAUGCAGACCAAUAACGCUUUUUCUUUUACUUUAAUAGUUAAAAUUUCUGCAUUUUGAGAAGGAAAAAAGGAGUGACAUCACCUUUUGUCUGUAACUUAACGGUCACGAGCCUCAAGGGCUUCAGCAGCAGGUCGUGAUGUUAUUUUGUAAAUAUCAGCUUUAAUAAGCAGAUUUCUUGUAUUGAUUUCUUGCGUUAUAGUUUUUUUCUCUCUCUCUUUUCAAUAUUCAUGAAAGUACACGUUGUAAGUUGACUUGUAUGUGAUUAAAACUUGUAUUUUCAA